AUUACCAAAGUUUAUUAAAAGAAUUUUGAAAAAAUAUUUCACAUAAAGCGCCCACGCGAAUGCAACCUUUGGCGAGUGUGACAGUAGACAAGAAACGAUAGCAGCGAUAGAGUGCAGUUAGCUUUUUUCCAUGGUGUGUUUGUGUUGUCUAAUAAGUCCAAGAAAUGGCCAAGUUUAACUUGCAGACAAUUCCAUAAAAGUGAACUAAAAAUUUAAAUUUAUUUUUAACCAUUUAUUGAAUUAUAGUGUAUAAUCGCUGUGAACUUUUCAUUUCAUAUUGUUACAAUGAUUAGCUUGCAACACCGUCGCGUAAAUUACUGUUUGAAUCGUCAUACUUAAUUUUUUCGCGUUCUUCGUCAGUCAAUGCGAUUUUUCACUCCUUCAUUACCUUUCAGUACUCCAUCCGCUCAUUAAUUUUUUUUUAUCUUGCACUCGGCCAUUAUUUUUUUUGAUUGUAUGUUCAAAAGUGCAGAGUUAAGAAAAUUGAAAUGAAACUAAAGUGAAAGAAAAAGCGAGAAGGAACAGUCGGCAAGACUAAUCAAACGACCGAGAGGCAAGUGGACGCAUUUCCUGCUCCACAAAAAGUUGGUUAAGAAAAAAAGAUAUACUGGUUGAAAAUUGAAAAGAAUUUGAUUAAAAACGUGAAAGGUGUUGCGAGUUGUUAAAAAAAUUACUUGUAAAGAUAGAAAAAGCUAAACCAGCACAACGAAAAAGCUGAAUUACAUUUAUCGCAAUUGUCACCAGCUGCUGCGGUCCACCAAUUACGCUGACACUUGCAUUCCAAGUUUUGGAGACAACCAUAAAAGGAAUGUGGAAGUUUAACCUCGGUAACAGCACGUAGGGAAAGGAAAGAGGUGGUAGUGUUUCUAAGAACCUCGUAUUUUAAAUUAUUGGCGCCCACAGUUGAACGCUUGCCGGUCAUCGACGCGCCUCAGUUGGCUAUCGUUCGUCCAACCAAUCGCAACUAUACGCUAUACCAAUAUCCAUUUGCAGAGCUACAAAACGAAAAACAUCAACAACAACAACAUCAUCAUCUCCCCAAACCGCUGCAGCAACGGAAAAAAAUGUCCAGCGAAGAGGACAAACCACCAGCGCCGCCUGUGCGUUUGACCAGCAAUCGCGGUGGCGAUCGUGUCGGCGGUAGUGCCAUCAACACGGGGGUUGGUGUAGGCAGUGCUGGUGAUGGACCACCCGUCGAUAUGCGCCCGUUGCCCAAAGAGCCAGAUGAUCCCGAUCGCAAGAAAAAGACAUUAAAAAAUAAGAUAAAAGGUUCGAAGCCCUCGCAUACAGACUCUAAACCGAAUAUAUCUUAUCCCACGAAUUUCGAGCAUACCGUGCAUGUGGGCUUCGAUGCAAUCACCGGUGAAUUUACGGGCAUGCCGGAGGCGUGGGCGCGUCUACUGAUGAAUUCAAACAUCAGCAAACAAGAGCAGAAGAACAACCCACAAGCGGUGCUGGAUGUGCUCAAGUGGUUUGACAAUACAACAAAGCAGCGACCAAGUUCCAAAUACAUGACAAAUGCCAUUACGACGCAUUCAGGCUCCUCGCUAAGCCGCGUUAGCAGCAGCAGUCCCAGCAGCACACCAACAGACUCGGAGUUACACGCUUCGAAUAGUGGCGGCAAUUUGAUUGGCGUCAAUCUCAGCAAUCUAAGCCUUGGCGGUACAAAUGCGAAUGCGAAUGCCAACACUGUUGGUUUGAUCGGUCAAUUGGGCGGCAGCAUUGGCGGUGGUAUCGGUGGUGUGGGGCCGACGGUACAUGGCAAUCACCAUCAGACACAUAGUAGCGCUUUGAGUCAAUCACAUUCGUAUAAUUUUGGUGGAAAUACGGCCUCCUCAUCUUCGCAACAUUCGUCCGCCAAUGAAGAUGAUAUAUUGGGUGCGCCACAACCGGCGCCACCGCCGAUCGCAUCGCGACCCGAACGCACGAAAUCGAUCUAUACGCGUCCCAUUGAGGGGGCGGUGUCUGUGUCGGAGGGCAUUGAACAUUUGCGUGCGGUCACGCCAACCACGCCGCUACAACAACUGCAACAACAACAACAGCAGCAGCUGCAGCAACACCAACAUCAACACCAGAACAAUGUUGCGCAACCGCAACAGCAACAAUACCGCACGCCGAACAACGCAAUUGCGGCAACCGCAAGCGUCGCCGCCGCAGCUGCAGCAACAAGUGCGACAACAACAACCACGUUGGAUAAGAACAAAAAUAACGAAACAGCAGCAGCAAAGUCAGCAACAGCAACGUCCGAGUGCGUUGCGACUGCGCCGCCUCUGCCACAGCAAACUGUUGAGCCUGUCGCUACGCAUGCAUCGACAUCCAUUUGUAAUAUAACCGCAACGUUGUUGACUACGUCGACGACCAUUGCCAGUAAUCUUGAUAGCAAUACGAGUGUUAUUGGUGUCAUUGGUACUUGUUCUACUUCUAUCAUUACUGCUACUGCUACUGCUAGUCCUACUAACAUUGCAACAGUUGACACAACUACUACUACAACAACAAGAACAACAACAGCUACUAACUCCACUGCUAGCACUCAUUUGCAAUUUAUCGAUUGUAAUGCAACGACGACUAAUCACGAUUCUUCUGCUUCCUCCUUUUCAUCGUUUCCAUCAUUUAAUGACGAUGCGUCACUGCUGCCACCCAUUUAUUGUCCAUCGGUGUCUUCCUCCAUCUGCGAAUCUGUGGCGAUGUCAACGCCACCACCACCACCCUUACCGACGCCUACUACCAUUACAACCACAACAAUAACACCGGCCACACCAAUCUCCGGUGGUGAACUAACAUCUGCCGCUGUACAAAUAUACGCCACACCGGUUGGUGGCGACACCUCGUCUGCAGACCUCUAUAUUACCGAUCCAAAUACGAAACGUUUGACGGGCUCACCAGCAGCAGUGCCACAACCGCAACAGGCGAACACGACACCGGCACAAUUGGUGACACCAUCAGCGGUGGCACCGAGCACGGCGGCUUCCGCAGCUCCACAGCCGCGCUCCGGCACCGCCAAAAAGAAGAAAAUGUCCGAUGAAGAAAUAUUGGAGAAAUUACGCACUAUCGUUUCGGUUGGUGAUCCGAAUCGCAAGUACACCAAGAUGGAGAAGAUCGGCCAGGGCGCAUCGGGCACGGUAUACACAGCGAUCGAGUCAUCUACGGGUAUGGAAGUGGCCAUUAAGCAGAUGAACUUAUCGCAACAACCGAAAAAGGAACUAAUCAUCAAUGAAAUACUUGUUAUGCGAGAGAAUAAGCAUCCGAAUGUGGUGAAUUAUUUGGACAGUUAUUUGGUGUCCGAGGAAUUGUGGGUGGUGAUGGAAUAUCUGCCAGGUGGUUCGCUCACCGAUGUCGUCACGGAGACGUGCAUGGAUGAGGGUCAAAUAGCGGCAGUUUGUCGCGAAGUGUUGCAGGCCUUGGAGUUCCUACACUCCAAUCAGGUGAUACAUCGUGACAUCAAGAGUGAUAACAUACUGUUGGGCCUGGACGGCUCGGUGAAGCUGACGGAUUUCGGUUUCUGUGCGCAAAUCUCGCCAGAACAGUCGAAACGCACAACAAUGGUGGGCACACCGUACUGGAUGGCUCCGGAGGUGGUGACGCGCAAACAAUACGGACCCAAGGUCGACUUGUGGUCACUCGGUAUUAUGGCUAUUGAGAUGGUUGAGGGUGAGCCGCCCUAUCUGAAUGAGAAUCCAUUGAAAGCCCUGUACCUCAUUGCCACAAAUGGCAAGCCAGAAAUCAAGGAGAAGGAGAAACUAUCGACAGUAUUUCAAGAUUUUCUAGAUCAGUGUUUGGAAGUCGAUGUCGAACGACGUGCGAGUGCACACGAUUUGUUGAAGCAUCCUUUCCUGAAAUUAGCACGUCCAUUGGCUAGCUUAACGCCUCUUAUUAUGGCCGCCAAAGAAGCCGCUAAAGGAAACUGAUUAAAGAAGAAGCAUUAAUUUAAUUUACAUAAAAGUGAUGAAAUUAGAACUUAAAACACUUGAAAGAAAACAAAAAACAAUAUAUAUAUACAUACAUACAUUUAAACAAUAACAAUAAAACUAGGAUCGAAAAUUAUGUAAUUCAUAACACCACGACACGAAGGCAACACGAACAGAUACACUUACAUAGCUGCAGUUUAGACAAACGUAUUAAAUUGAGAGAUACAUAUGUAUAUAUAUACAUAUAUAUAGAUCAUAUAUUAACGUUUUAUUAAGCGCAAAAUGAGAGCAAGGCACGCAGUCGUUUUAUUAUAGCUAUAUAGCAUAUAUAGUUUGUACCAUAAAUUGCGCGUGAGUUUCGAAAAUGGGCCAAGGUGUUGCACAGCAUACAGAAAUCAGCGUGUGGUAACGAUUGAAAGGAUUGCAAAAUACAAAUAUACGAAAUUGUAAUUAAUUUUCGUUUGGCAUUUGAUAUUGCUAUAUAAUGUAUUAAAAAUAAAUGUUACCGUAAUUAUUUAUAAAUUGGCGCGACACAAGUGUUGCUGCCAUAUUAUUUUGAAAAUUAUCAUUGAAAAAAAAUUUGAUUGUUUCGUUGAAAACUAAAAUAUAUUAAAAAUUCAUAUAAUGCAUUACUCGCACAUAUUACCUUGCGUUAUGCGGGUGUUUUCAAAUGUAUUUUAAAUUCAUUGGAAGAAAUUAAGUUUUAUUUUUGUAGGCUUAACAUUUUAUAUCAGCUGGUUGGCAUUUUAAAUGUCUCCUUGCGUAAUAUUUUAUUUCAUUUCAUUUGAUUUGUAUUUAAAUUAAUUAUUGUUAUUAGUACUUUAACGUGAGAACGAUUACAUACAUACAUUUAACAGAGAAACUGAGACAAUUUUUGUAAGACUAUGUCAUUCUAAUUACAUACAAUUUAAUUAUAAUUAGCAUUUUAUACAUAAUUAUAAAUUAUAAUUAACGAAAGUUAAGUAAAGUAAACAAACAAACAAGCAGAAGUAACACCUUAAAACGCUCUACUACUUACGGACACCUUUAUUUAUAUAAUAUAUAUUUGUAAUUAUAGAAAACUUAAAAGCAAAUUUGGUUUAUUUUUAUUUUGCUAAAAAGUGGCAGAGUUGAAUACUGUUAUACAUUUUUUAUUAUGAGUUCUAAGUGAUGGGUUUUAGUGUAGUCUGUUCAUAAGAAACUCAAAGAUCCGAACGCAUUUGCUGGUGCAGCGCUUGAGUAUUGUUUAUUGAGUUUGAACUUCAAAAAUCAAUAUCAAAUAAUUUCGUAGUGAAGUAGCAUAAUUUCGGGCUGUCAAAAUUGUAUGAGUUUUUUUACUUGAUUCAAUCGGGACUCCAUAUAUUACAAGUUUACAGUUUGAUAGCUGCCUGUCCACACUUUUCAUUUAGUGGUUGUUGCUGUUACUCUUCUAGUUUUUAAAUCGACUACUUUCGGUUUGCUUGAUUUCAAAGCACAUAACACUAUACCUUAACGUACCUUAACACUAACUCUUAACGUGGUUUGUAACACCUGAAAGAAAACGUCGGAAAUCCUAUAAAGUAUAUUUACAAAUGAUCAGCAAGACGAGCUGACUCAAUUUAACCAUGCUUUUCCGUAUAUAUGCAAACUAGUCCCUCACUUUUUUAGAUAUCGAACUAAUUUCAAUAGUUCUUUUUUUACCAAUUGUCGGACCACUAUAGCGUAUAGCUGGCAUGCGAAUCAAGUCCUUGUAUGGAACAUCUUUUUAUUCGACAAGAUAUAUUGAGGAAAGUUGGUACGGCUUAUUGCCCAAGAUCGUUCAAGCCAAUCAAAAAUAAGUUAUUUUAUGAAUUUUUUUUAUUUGCGAAGAGUAUUUCAGCUUCGGUACAACUGCAGUUAACUUUUUUCUUGUUUUUAAUUUUAAUUACUAAAUAUCGUCUGAAAAAUCAACGUUUAAGAGCUGAAAAACCAGAAUUAAUCACUAUUUCUAUAAAAAAAAUUAAUUUAGUAAAUUCAGUGAAGUUUUUAAUUUUUAUUUUUUUUCGAUUGUAACAUACAUAUGUAUAUACAUAUAUCUGACAUAAUUUUAAGUUGGGAACACGCUAUGGUUUGUAUAUAACAUGAGAUUAUAUUGAGAUUUUUUUAUUUACCGCAAUCAAUAAGUGAGCACACAUUACUGAAUACUUUGAUUGUAUUUGCAAAAUACAAAAUUACUACAUUAGAGAAAAACACAAACAUACAGACGAACAUGAACGUCGGUAGAAAACUACACACAAAGUAAAAUAAAACAACACCAACAAUAAUAAGAACAAAUACAAUAGCGUUUAGUGAUUACCAAGUAAUAAUUAAUUUCGUAGAUCGAACUACCAUAAAAAAAUAAAUAGUACUUAAAUACACAAAAACACCGACAACAAACAAACCCGAAUAUGUAUGUUUGCAUAUUUGUAUUUAAUAAUAGUAGCACUUAGAACCUAAACGAAAUUAGGACUUGUAUGUAUAAAUAGUAUUUUUCCAAUUUGCAAGUGAGCCAACUGGCGCGACUUGUAUGUUAUAGGUAUGUGUGUGCGUUUAUAGCCAGAACUGGAAGAACGUAUAAUUACAAACAGAUACUGCUAAUUAAAUCAAUAAAAAACCAAAAAAAAAAUACAACAAAAAUAUGCAAAUGAAAAAGUUGGAGCAAAGUUAAAAAAUGAACGGUGAUGGGUUGAAGAAUGCUGGCGAGCAAAUAAAAUAAUAAUGGAAAUCAUACUUUGUGCCUAACUGUAAAUUACUAAAAAAAACAAACAAACAAAAAAGAAUAAAAAAAUAACUAAAAACUGUAUGAAGCAAAAAAUUUAAUUAAACACAAAAAAAAACAAA